UUCAGAAUGGCAACUCCAGUGCGAAGAUCUAGAGUGACAGAGGCUGACAGACGCCAUUUUGAUUUCGUGCAAAUGUUACAGCGUAUAUCUGAUGAGCUGUCAAAAAGAGAAACGAAACUUUUAAAGUUGUAUUGUCUUCGCCAAAUUCCAAAAGGAAAGGCAGAAAAGCUCAAAGAGGCUGUUGAAAUUUUCCACAAGCUGAUAGAGUUGGACAAGAUAGACCAGGAGAACUUGGACUUUCUUGAAGAGAUCUUGGAAAGAAUGGGGCGGCCAGACCUGGUGAGGGACGUUCUGAGGCCGUUCCAACCGCCUGACCGAGAGAUUCCGGAAAACCCCGAACUAGAACCGGGAACAAGCACUGGCCGUGCAAGCGCAGAUGUAACUGCCGCAUCUGACGCCUUCUUGGUCAUUCACGGCCAAAGACACAUGAUCCAGGAAACCGUAGAUCGACAUAGACACAACCUAGCGUCGCUUUGUGGCACAAGGAGGUCACAGGUCAAGUUCAGAGGAUACAGGAAAGGCAGAAGCAUCCUGGUGCACUACAGCAUACCGCGAGAGAGCACAGCAGUGCUGAGGCUCAUGGCGAGUUACUCCGACCCACGACUUGUAUUCAUGGGCGUCAAGUCACUGCAGAUCGAUUCUGGACCACCAAUCCAAGUCAUACACGGGGCGGUUUUCAACGAUAUCAAGAGACAGCAAACCGUCGAUGACAUCGAGGUGGGCUGCAGUACCCGGACCAAGCAGCAGAGGACGCCCAGAAACUGGACCCGCCUAUCCGCUCUGAACCUGUUCUCGGACACCCUGCCCCUCCAUCUGCAGAUAGCCGAGAGUCUGGAGUACCAGGGCUUCUCCUAUAGCCUGGUCCAGGCUCUGGUGCAGAAGUACCAGCUCAGAGAACAACAGGUGAAGAAGAAGGAUCAGCUAAGAGAACAAGAGAUGAAGCAGCUCAUCCAAAAGGCAGAAGUAUAUUCCAACACGAUCAUGACCUUGCGCUCCAAGCUGACGAUUUCAGAGAACAGGUUGAAGGAAUCCUUUGAGGCGAACGCAGUUCUUGAAAAGAAGCUCCGGCAGGCCCGUGAAUUCGCAGAGAAAGCUGCUAAGACGGUCACCUCUCGCAUGACGGAGUACAGGGGAGAGAAGCCUCCUGGCGGCUGGUCACAGGUCGAUGUAGCGCCACAGACACACCUAGCGGCUCACGAGGGAGCUACAGGGGAGGAAGUAGAUUCGGGUGAAACCGCAAGUGAAGAAUCGACUGCAAAGGACGCAGACAGGAGCAUGGAAAAAGAGGAGGACAAACUUUCGACGCAACAAACCUGGGAAAAGCUACCCACUAUAGCAGGGGCAGAGGGAGCGCCACCUCGCACCACUGGAGACUUCACACAGGGUAAGAUCACUUACAGUCGGUGGGGAUUAGAACCCGGGAAAAUUCUGUCCCCACGUGGCGUUGUGGUGUCGCCUAGUAAAGAGAUAUUCGUGACCGAUGGACUCAACAGACGAGUCCAAGUCCUCACCACAGAGGGGGUUUACCUUCGCCACUUCCCAACAGUCGUACCGGGUACAGAGGACAAGGACAUGGAGCCACAUGAUGCUUCUAUGGACGGUAACGGCACACUGUGGGUAGUGGGCCGUGGUCAAUCAGCCGAGCACGUUGUACAAUACAGCACUGACGGGACCGCCUUGACACAGUUUCACCUUCGGAUGAACAGGUAUUACCGCGGGAUUGCGAUGGACAUGCGCAAUAACCACAUCCUGGUGACUGAUGCAACCCGUGGUGAAGUUGAGGUGUUCCGUCCGGACGGCUCUCUGGUGCUGAGGUUCGGAGAUCCUGAGGGUGGGAUGAGAAGCCCGCGGUACAUCACUGUGGACGGGGAAGGGAACAUUCUUGUGUCGGACUGCUCCACUCAAUCUGUCUACACGUUUGACGAGUCUGGGAAGUUCCUCCUGAAGUUUGGAGGUGAGGGAAGUGAUGAAGGUCAACUACAGGUUCCCCGCGGUAUAUGUACAGACAGCUCGGGUCAUAUCAUCGUGGCGGACCGAGGAAACAAGACGGUACAGAUGUUCACACGUCACGGCGAGUAUGUCCGGACCAUUGAGACUGGGUUUAAGUCAGAAGGUGUGGCAGUGGGACCGGAAGGGCAGCUGGUAGUGACUGAUAUGAAUAGCCAGUUUCUUUCCGGUUAUCUCUGA